CGGUUCACUCGUCAUACGAAUCCUGAGAUUUUUUCAUUCAGUGCGCAUGUUUCUGCUUUCCAGUGUUAUUGUUUUUUUUUGUUUUUUUUUUUUUAUUAAACACCCACUGACAAUUUGUUAGACAGGAAACAAGCAAAGAUAAAUGGCAAGGUCUUUUGUUUCUAUGGCAACGGCGUCAUUUCCCAACGCCGUUUUGAUUGGAGGAUUAUGAAUUGUUUUAUUUAUAACUUUUAUUCAGGGACUUAUAAAACAAUCCACUGUGCUCAUCAAUAAACUAGUUAGGCAUGUAAACGAAAUGAAAAAGUGAGAUUAGUUGUUUCACCAUUUUGAUGAAACUUUUACUUAAAAUUGAUUACGUUUUAGACGUAUUCUCAUACAAUUUUACAUCAUUCAGGAUGACUUAAAAGCUCGUAGAUGUAUGUAUUAUAUAUACAUAUACAUGUUCAGUUAAUUUUUUAGUUGUAUUGAUUUAAAUGAUUAUUUCAUUUCAAGGAGUUGUGUUGAGGUGAUUUAGUUAAAUUCUUCUUUUUAAGCCGCAAGUGUAUACUGAAGUGAAUUUCUAGAUUUUUAACUCGCGUUUUCGUAGUUCUGUGUUCGAAAUUGUGUUCAUCGUAUAGGAGGAUUAUCGUUAGAUUAUCGUCGGAUUAUCGUUGGAUUAUCGACCGAGUCUCUGGCAUACAUGCUGAUCGAUGCCUAAUCCUAGUGCCAGAAGACGAUGGAAUAUGGAAGAAUCAGGAGACAUGGAUUGUACGUAUGCUGUUUCAUGCUGGUCACGUGGCUCCCGUCAUGUCUCGCUCAGCAGUACAGAUGGAGCGCGGGUCAGUGGGGUGAGUGUCUGCACGUGACCUGCGGACCCGGGGGGAGCCAGUCACGUGACAUCACGUGUAUAUUGAGAACAGGUCAGGAGGUGAUGGAGCAAAACUGUGAUCCAGCCAUCAAACCCGUCAAGCACCGGAUCUGCGUCAGGCCGUGCACGGAAAAAGUCAUCCUGGGAAUUCCCGAUGUCUACCACGACGGUUCCAGAGAGCCGCUCUCUCCUGGGUACCAUCAGCAGGACGGCAACAGGUACGGCCAGUCCGGACCCGGCAGGGAGUCGACGUGGGACAGGCCGGAAAAAGCCGGAUACAACACCGACGGUCUGGACGUGGAUUCGUACGGGAGGAACCGGCCGCGGUUCCCGAAGCCGGCAGGUUCCGGCGACGUAGAGUGGGUCGUUUCACAGUUCGGUAACUGCCGGCUGGCCCCAGGUGUACAGUCUUGCAGCAAGAACAAAGGCAUACGAUAUAGGAACGUGACCUGUGAGCGCAAGGCUGACCAGGUCAAGGUCACGCCGGCCUUGUGUGAAAACAUCGAGGCCGAGCCGGCAGACAGCGAGCCGUGCGACCUGCUGUGCCGGCAAGACUGCGUGGUGACUGAGUUCUCGGACUGGGCACCCUGUGACGCCACCUGCCAGCUGACCAAUCACACGAGGACCCGCGAGGUCGUGGUGCCCCCGCGCCACCGGGGGAGCCAGUGCCCCGUGCUGUCGGAGAUGGCGCCCUGCCCGAACUGCAGCAACGCCGUGAGCUAUGAGUUCAGCAACUGGUUGGCGUGCGUGGACAUCAAGUCGGCCUACAUGAAGAGCAUCCGGUCGCAUCCGUUGAUUGGGUACCAGAAGAGAGACAUCUCGUGCGUGCAGACUAAAGGGCGCUUCACAUCACUCAAGAUGUGCGCAGACAAGCUGCCCAACACCGUCCUGACGACACACCGCACGUGCAUCAAGCCGCAGGACUGCCUGGUGUCCGAGUGGUCAUCUCUCAGGCCGUUCAACAGCUCGUGCGUGGGUCCUGAUGGCAUCCUCGUCCCUGGCUUCAUGAUCAGGACCAGGCAGGUAAUACAACUUCCGCUUGGAGAUGGCGCGCCUUGUCCGAGUCAGCUGGUCGACUACAUCCGGCUCAACAAGGACGAGGUCAAAGUUCCAAGGUCAUGCAUAACAUCCAAGUGGACGGCCAUGACGUGGGGUCAAUGUGUCCCGGUGCCGGGGUACAACAACUGUGGGACGGGCAUACAGAUCCGCACUGUGAUUUGUAUGGAGUUAGAUGCCGACAAACAAGAGCGGCCGGUGGACGAGUCCAGGUGCACUGAACCGAAGCCGGCCGUGUCACAGACAUGCGCAAUGGAGUGCAACUGGGACUGCAGCGUGUCGCAGUGGUCAGAGUGGAGCACGUGCAUAGACCAGCAGUGUGAGCGGCCAGCCAUCCGCAGGAAACGGACGGAAACCGCCUAUGGUCAAAAGUUCCGUACACGUGAGGUACUGACGCUCCCCGGGACGUUGGGUAAGCUCUGCCCCCACCUGAGUGAGACCCGGACGUGCAUCCCGGGGCCGUGCUACAUGUGGAACAUCACCCUAGACGUGUGCCAGCCCAACCAGGGGUCGUGUGGCAACGGCUCGCAGAUCAAGAGGGCUGAGUGUGUGGAUAAGGACGGGAUGAAAACUCGAGAACGACUGUGUCAUGAGUACCUCAGGCCUGAACCCACCUGGGCGGGCUGCUACGUCCCCUGCCCGGGGGAUUGCGUGCUGUCUGAGUGGACCCAGUGGUCAGCCUGCCCCAACCCCUGCACAGUGGAGACGAGCUACGGGAUGGUCAGGAGGGGGGAGAGGAGGCGGAGACAGAGGCUGGUGUUGACACAUAAGGGCACAGACCGAGGCAGCAACCUCUGUUUCCGGGACGUUGACCUAGAGCAGACCGAAGAGUGCCCUGUCGUGUCUGACUGUAACACGUACAAGUGGGAGGUGUCCCCGUGGGGCGAGUGUGAACUCAGGCCGGAGAACGUCCACACGGGGUGCGGCUCGGGCAUGCAGACGAGAAAGGUGGAGUGUCAGACGUUGAGCUCACUACCGGCAGACGACAGCAAGUGUAUGAGACGAGUUCGCCCCGUCAAUUCCCAGGUGUGUUUUACCGUCUGCCCAAGUAACUGUCGUCUGACCAACUGGUCCGAGUGGUCGGACUGUGGUGGGGUCAAGUGUCUUCCAGCCCAAGCCCUCCAGCUCUACCCAAAGAGACAGAGGCGGCGCUACAUCGCGACCUACCCCCAGAACGGGGGGAUCGAGUGCCCCCAAGACCUGAGGGACGAGGACGUCUGCUACUUCCUGCCCGUCUGUGAGACCUACUUCUGGGAGCCCUCGGAGUGGAGCGAGUGUGUGCUGCCCCCCGUCUCCCCUCCCUGUGGUCAGGGGCUGCGUGCCCGUGACAUGACGUGCAAGCACACCAACAGCCAGGAGACGAAGCAGGCGAACAACAGCGUGUGUAUGGAGCAGCUGGGGUCGAUGCCGCCCCUGACAGAGGUCUGCUACAGGCCGUGUGACACGGAGUGUCUGCUGUCGCAGUGGUCGGAGUGGACGGAGUGUGGGCCCAAUUGUCUGACCAGCCGCUUCCGGUUCAGGACUAUUCUUGCGGAGAACAAAACCAACUGCCGGGACACGGGCAUGUACCCACGGGAUGAACACGAGGACUGUGUCUGCAAGAAUCAGCUGCCUCUGGUGCUGGGUGCCUGGUCGGACUGUAUCAUUGACGUCAGAGAGAAGCAAGAAGACACACGGUUCGCCCAGAUGUCCCUGAGCUCCAGCCGUCAGAGGCGGAACGAGACGGACAUCUACGGCCUGACCCCCGGGGUCUACUGUGGGCAGGGGCGUCGCUACAUGGCCCGCCACUGUCAGAGUCCCAAGGAGGACAAGAACGGUAUCCCGUACUGUAACGGAGAAAGGUACCCGAGUGAGGUGUGCAACAUCCCGUGCCCAGAGGACUGCAAGGUGACGGAGUGGAGCAACUGGAGCCCGUGUAGCGUCAAGUGUGGCUCGGGGGUCCAGCAGAGGGGUCGGAGAAUUCUGACCCUGCCAUCCAACGGGGGUCGGGACUGCCCGUCCAUGUACAACUAUGACAAGGACAUACAGACGCGAGUCUGCAGACAGACGUGCAGCUACUUUGUCUGGAGGUACGAGAACUGGGGCAUGUGUAUUCCUAACGGCAGCAAGUCUUGUGGGGAUGGUACUCACAGCAGACUUGUCAGGUGUGUCUCCGUCAGCCCAGACGGUUCCGAGAGGAUCGUGGACAACUCUGAGUGCGACCCAGACGACCGGCAGGAGGGGUACAAGCCCUGCACCCUCCCCUGCCCCGGGGACUGCGUCAUGUCGGAGUGGACAGAGUGGACCUUGUGUCACCAGCCGUGUAACGGGCACCAGAACCAGAGGCGUAUCCGCCACAUUCUCCGCCAGCCCGGGCAGUACGCCAUGGCCGAACCCUGCUCCGAUCUCCUGGAGGAACGCCCCUGCCUGAGACAGAAGACGUGCGUGGAGCUCUCCUGGGAGGUGUCGGAGUGGACGAGCUGUCUGGUCAACGGGGGGAGCCGGGAGUGUGGGGUGGGGCACAAGGAGAGGUUCGCCAGUUGCAGGAACGGCGUGGGGGAGAGGGUGGAGGACCACAAGUGUGAGAUUCUCUACGGACCAAUCACCGAGCCGCUGGUCGUGUCGUGUGAAGCGCCCUGCGACAACGAUUGUCUCUUAUCUGAUUGGACGUCUUGGACCACGUGCAGUAGCUCCUGCGGCCUUGGUGUGAAACAAAGACGAAGAAACAUCCUGCAAGGCUGGCACGGUAACGGCCGGAAGUGUCCAGACAAGCUUGACCAGUCCAUGCCCUGCAUACACCGGCCAUGCUACAGGUGGUCGGUGACUGACUGGAGCCAUUGCAUUUUACCACCUGGAGUGUGUGGUGGCGGGAUCCAGGUGAGAAAUGUCUCUUGUGUGGGGGACGAUGACAAACCUGUCGACACGUCAAAGUGUCCAGUGGACUUGGAGAAAGCCAUCAUGCAAACAACCCGCCCCUGCCACAUCCCUUGCCCUGGUGAGUGCGCACUGUCCGAGUGGACAGAGUGGUCAAACUGUUACGUCAGCUGUGAGGAUUUUAAACAAGAUGUGACCUUGGGCGUCCAGGCUAGGUCAAGGGCAGUCUUAGCCUAUCCAUCCCCGGGCAACAAGCCCUGCAACGAGACGCUGUGGGUGGAGCAGGACUGCGUGGCCGAGGCCUGCACCUCGUUCCGCUGGGCCACGGAGCCCUGGAUGCCCGGGGGUGACACCAAGUGGCGGAAGGUUCACUGCGAGAGGCACGACGGCCUGGUCGUUGAGGGGGGUUGUGACGACAGUAUCCGACCCUCUGACAGGUUGCUGUGUACCAACCCGGUGUGUGUCCCGCCGGCUGUGUGUAAUGACACGAACUUGUGCGUGUGUCCUGACAGCUUGAAGUACCUGUACCACGUGAUCAACGCGACACACCACACGUGCAUCAUGAACACAUCUGGGAUCAUCGACAGCAACACGGGGGCCAAGGCGGAAGUGGCCAAGACCCCCAAUAUAUGGAUGUACGCCGUCAUUGUCGUGGGGACGGUAUUUGUGAUCGCCGUGACGGCCGCGCUGUACAACAUGUGCGAGCUUUUCCGCACUGGUCCACGGCCUAGGAGAAAGGGGGAGAACUCGAGGGAAGGUUCGACAACCGGGACAAUUCACAGCGUCAGGUCGGUGCAUGGUAACGGCAAGGGCAACAUCGGAUCAGGCAACGGGAGCUCGCGCAGUGAGAACCUGUACAAGCAGAUCACCCUUCAGGACUCAGAGGACGGGACGGUGAUGGAGAAGACGCUCGGCACCGCCCCCGUCCGCAACUCCCAUCACAGUCUCUCGCCCCCGUUUUCCUCCGACCCAGAUGACAUUCCAGACAUUGAUGCCAUGACCCCGACCUCGACCCCUGUCCCCUCGUCGGUCAGCACGGCCACGACGAACCUGGCGACGACGACCCCCGUGACCCCCACCACCCCGGGGAACGUACCAACCCGGCCGGCUUUCACCCGGCAGAAAGUAGGUCCACAGACGCAUGACAUCACCCGCACGGUGCCCUUAAAGACUAACAGACGUUACAAACGCUUGCAUCGCCUGCUGCCAAAAUGUUUUAACUGCGAUGACCAGCCCGCCAUCCUAGACCACAAACACCUCGAGCCUAGUCUAGAUAUCAUGGCGGGGUCGCAAGGUCAAACUAUGUCCUUGACCCGGGCGCAUGCCACUGAAAACAUGGAGUUGUGUGGGGGUGAGUUCUACACCAACACCUCGUCCGGUUUUCAAUCCCAUAACUGCAUGCUCCCCCGCCCGCACGAUCUACGCCCGACUAACCUUGACCUUAACAGACCUACUAACAUUUACAGCGAUUUCGAGAUCAGCAGCAGUGCUAGGAAACUGGGCAGCCCUGUUGAAGCAGCGCCGGACAGAGGGAAGAUCUCCCCCGCGGUGUCGGGGCGAGGGUUCGUCCCCCACGUCGGCACCAGAGAGGACCUGCGUCUCGUCACGCACACAUCCUGUGCCUCUAGCACCGAGUCUCUGGCAAUGUCCUCUGACCUGAUCUCCGGGAAGCUGGAAGGCAGCUCCCAGUGUAGCCUGCAGCUGGGCGACACGGCUGAGAGCAUCUUCUACAACAAGCCUUCCUCCGGGCAACAGAGGCGGCUCCUCCCGCACCAGAAGCGGAAGCACCUCACACCCUCAGGAUCAGCUCAGCAGCUGUCAGCGCCAGCUCCGCAAAACUACUACGCUGGGCUGACCCCGAAAAUCAACGACCCUUCUCUAAACGGAGAACCUUUAUACUCUGGAACCAUUGACCGUUCUGAUCUAGGGUUCACGCCUUUGCCUGCUGACAUAUCCCCCUGUGCCGCCGACGACUCUGUAUACAGUGAUCUCACCUCUCAUCCAUUACCUCACCCACGCCCAGGCAAAAAACUUUCCUCACUAGCCUCCCCAUUGUCCUACUCGCUAGACUCUGCAUAUCAUUUACCCAGCGUGCACCAUUCCAAGCAGCCUCAUCCCUACCCACAACGAAUCCCGCAAGCGUCAACGAAAGCCCUGGUAUCACCACCCUACCGCGGAGAUUCCAGACUCCCCCCGGGGGUAACCCACAUCCCCACUUCUCGAUCUUUAGCAUCGCUGCCAGAUAAACUCAUCCAUAGCUCGAGGUCCCGGAUAAACCCCCCGCUUCCAGAAAAAGUCUCGCAGGAUUCCGGCCACUCCACGAUUCCCCGAUCUCGAACAGUCAGUCCCGGAGACUUCAGUCUUGAGUGCUCCGACCCUUUGCCCAAAAGUGGGUCAGGGUUAAUCCGUAGAACGGGUUACUCUCCCUUGCAUAUCCAGACCUCCCUGGAGUCUGGCCAUGAUUCCCCCACCCCCAGCGUGUGCACCAGCUGCAAGAGGGAGCUGGGCAGCCCAGGUUUGUACCUCUUAGGAUCGCCUGACUCCACAUCGCAGGCUUCCAACAUCAGCGGAAUGGAAACGUCCGUGUGAUUACUUCCCUUUCACAUAAACAUCAGCGGUACGGAAAUUCAGUGUGAUUAUUUCCCUUUCACAUGAAUACAUCUAUUUAUAUACACACAAAAACAACAUCAAUAAAUUCACGGAAUUUUUUAAUCAAUAAAUGUAAACUUACACAACAUUAUUAGAUUUUCACUAAUUUCUGUCAUUGAUUUUAAAAAAAAAUGUGAGCAAAUCAUGACACUUUCCACAUACUUUGAAACAUCAUCAAAUUAUUUCAGCUCUUAACUAUUUUUCAUUUAUCAAACAUAAUUUAUCCAAUUUGAGUGGAGUAUGUUUACAUUUCUCUUGAGUACACUAUAUAAUGUUUUCCAACAAUAUUUGAAAACAAAAUACAAUUCUAUUUUAUUUUAAACACUUUUUGUGAAGACAAAUCUAAUUUCCUUGACGUAACUGUAAAUUUGAGAAAUAAUUAUAAUUCAAUUAUAUAUUUUUUAAAUUCAUUUUUUUUCAGUAUAAAGAAUGAAAAAUAUAAUUUAUAUUAGUUGGGGUCGAAUUUAUAAUUACAUUUUAAUAUUUUUUUUUGUAUAUUAAACUCGAAACAUUCCGUAGAUGAAGAAAUGUGUAAUAUAAGCCAAGUAAAAAAAGAAACACGUUCCCAUGGCAACGAUCGACCACGAGAAAUGGCAUUAUUUUUUUUUCUUCACACGUCUAUACGCCAUAUAUUUUGGUGCCAGUUGAAUCACCAUCCAACCAAUGCAGUAGCUAGUCAUGAGUUUAUCUUCACUGUCCACGUCUCAAUACAUCUGUUUUGAAAACGAAACAAAAAAAUAUUGUCAGAGGCCUUGGCUGUGUUUGUGUGUGUUUUUUGUAUUGGGGCUGUACUCACUACCAACGUAGUAUCGGUACUCAACGUCUCUGUGAGGUGUUUGACCUACAUCUAGCAUGUGUAGUUUGGCUGUGCAUGGGAUCUUGUCAAAUGGCGCAGUGUGGCUUCACGUAUGUGCUUCAUUGUGGCUAGGAUAUACAUACAUAUUUAGAUACGUACAUCUAGGUCCACACAUACACGUACAUACACAUAUCCUUGCUAGAAUGUAAAAACACAAACACGUAGGCCUACUCUCACACGCACAUACUAACAUUAUACAUAUUAAGAUUUACAAAUAAUCCAUACUGCGCCAUUGUAUGUGUAUUUGAUAUACCUGAACUAAUAUCGCUUAUGUAACAUACAUUUUGUAUUUACCUUGAAGUGUUGAAUGCAUAUAGAUUGGUUGCAUGUAAGUUUGUGUGUGUGUAUGUGUUUAUGUUAUCCUAUAUACAAUGUAUGAAUUAUGACAUACAAUCUGAUUUCCCUUAAAUGUGUGUACAUAACUUGGUAUGUUUAUAAUGAGUUGUCAUGUGUAAUUAAACUGUUAAUGACCUGAGCUAAUUAAUAAGAUGUCAAUAAGCUGAACAUUAAUGAGCAUGUAAAUUAUAGACGCCAUUAUUGUGAUCACAGUAAUUAGCUAGUAGUUAAAUAUAGUUCAAAAGCAAGAUGACCAUUCUAAAAGACAGAACAUAUUUUUGUUUAUCACGCAGACAAUAAUUAUCAAAUGGUUAAAUUAUGAAUGAUUUGAUACACACUUAAUCCAGGAUAAGAUAACUCCAGCCAAAAUGAUAUUAUCAGCAAGUGUAUGGAAUUGACGUUUCCUCACAAGAACUUGAAACCUCUAAUAUAAUAAUCCACUGGAUAUUUGACAACCUAAAUAAAUAAUUUUUAAACCCAUUUGACGACUGAAGGAAAAUCUAAACAUUUUAACACUUAAACAUUUAAAAAGCUACAAGAAAGAUGUUUAAUAACACAAAAUAUGUUUAACCAUUAGUGAUCACACUAACGGCGUAUAUAUAU